AAUGGAACACAACCAGAUAUCCACAUGAAGCAGCACGAGACUCCGUACAAGCUGUUGAGCUGAAGGGAAGAACAAGCAAACCACGAUGUCCGACACCACCCAUCUCUUUGGCGGAUGCAGUUGCGAGCGAAAUCAGUUCGUGAUCAGCAUCCCGCGAACUGCCAGACACGAAGCACAGGUCUUUUUUGACAACUCAAGUGCAAGCAGAAGAGCUCACGCAGCGCCCGUCGUAGCCUUCUUGCGAGUACCGUUGGACUUCUACCAUUCAGCGACCUACGCGCACUUCGACAACGAAUCUCACAAUUCGAUCAAAAGAACGUACAACACCCCAGCGACCCGACCCGGCCUCCCUCCUACACGAAGGCAAUUCUGCGGAUUUUGCGGCACGAACCUGACAGCGUGGAACGAAGCACUGCACAGCAGUAGAGAGCAUGGAAGCAACAACAGCUCAGAUUACCUGGACGUCACAUUGGGUUCGCUAUUCAACGAGAGUCUGGACAAAUUAGAAGCGCUCAGCAUCACACCAGGAUCAGAUUCAGAUGAAGAGGAAGGAUCACUCGAAGGCACAGAUUCUGGACUGCGGCAUACUCGAUUGGACGAGCAAGAGCGCGGUGCAGGAGCAGAUUCAGAGGGUGUUCCAAUCCCCGUACGCACUUCGAGGACAAACCAGCAACUCCAUCGUCUUAGCGACCGCGGCGUCCCCUACUUCGAAGAAAUGAUCGAGAAUAGCCGGCUAGGACGUAUUCGACGACAGGUAGGGGGUCAGACGUCUCGUGAUGGCACCAGCAGUGUUCAGUGGGAAGUCAUUGAGACUGUCAUUGGUACCAACGAUGAUGAUGAUUCCAUUCCAGCCGGGGGAUCUACUCCCAAACGACAGAGACUGGGAUCCUGAAUCUCGUAGGCUCUCAUAUGUUUCGGAAUCCAUGGCCGCUUGUGCACAGCUGGGGUAAUACGUGGCAAUAACAUGAUUUAGAGCAUGGCGUAAAAGUGAUGGACAAUGUAAGUAAUCUUGAAGAAGCAAAUCAUGCAAGAGAUUUCACCUUAUCUGAAAUGAUGCUCCAAGCAUUAUUUCCCACCAUCUCUCUUGUUUUGCUCGUUUUCCAGUCCUUUCGCCCCAUGUUUUCCACGCCCUCGAUGGCCGGCCAAAAGAGCAGCAUAUCGUCUGAAAGUCCAUCUCAAGCUGGCCCGCAGCACAGCAUGGCAGAAUCUCUCAGCAUUACCUAGUCCGCCCGAACAU